CUAAAGUCUCUCUCUUUACGAGGAUAUCGCAUCAUUAUGGACGCAGGUUGACCUUGACUCUGAGGACAUUUCCACCCCCACAGCAAUUCCCACACUUUCACGCAUCAUCUAGAAACCCUUGUUUUUUGGUUUGCUUGAAGACACAUCACAUCUACUUCACCUUCAUGCACCAUGAUGAUACUGAUAGGGUUCGUAGUUUCUCUUCAUUGGAGGUUUUGAAGAUCUUACAUCAUUUAUAAGAUUGUCCACUUAUAUUGACUCGAACCCAUCAAGAACUCACCUUACUUGAGGCUUUGGAGUUCAAUAAGAAGAUCGUCCACUACAUUAUUCACCAGCCAAAGCACCAAAUAUCAAGAUGAGCAGCAGCACGCCGCACACGAUGAAGAUGACGGGCAAGAAGACGCUGAUCAUCCUCCACGUGUACAUUUAUUAAGGCUGAUGAAGAUGAUGUACUAGCUAAUAAAAAUUCAUCCUUGCUUUGUUCAUGUGCAUCCUCGAAACUACGUAUGGGGGUUUUUCUAUGGGGAAGGGAAGGGAAGGUUUUUCUAUGUAUAACACAGCAGUCCUUGUACUCUUCUAUCGCCGUUAUACUUUUCGAGGACAUGAUUAAUCAUGCAGCUGAGAGAUGAAUUGCGGAGAGCUCUAAUGUUGCACGGCACUCGACGCCAUUGGAGGGGUCGGCAGUGGGCUUCUCAUGCUCCUCACCAGUUACGCCUUGUCGGAGCAGGGCGCUGUCUCUGGUAUGUCUGCUUUUCUUCCGCCAAGAGAGGAGUCGUCCCGUUCCCGUCGAAACACUGGUCCGGCUUCUGGAGGUUUCCUGAAAAAAGAAGAAGAAGCAGCGCUUCAUCAACAAGAAUAUAAUACCGCGCAAGAAGAUUAAGGAUCAAAUUAAUUCAUUUCCAAGGGUCAUUUUCCUCUGUUUCUCUCUUGGGAAUCGGAAGAAAUGAACUGAAGAAAUGAAGUGCUGUGAGAGAGCUCUAACAAGAUGCAGCUCAUGAUCAUCAUGCUUCUUCUGAUCUACUUCUACAUGUAGGUGCUGAUGCUGGACCAUCUUCAUCUGCUUCAGCAUUCUUCGCACCCAGAGAUCAUGGCAAUGUAUUGCUUCUUUCAACAUGUUUAUGAAGAAAUGACAAUUAAAACUAGAUAGAAAGGGUGGUCUUGACUUUUUUUUUUUGGAUUUUUUUGAAUUCAGGAGAAGACGAAGCAUCUAGUACUAGUUUACAAGCUACUACUCUUUGCGGAUCUGCUCUGCUCUUAAGGCCUUCUUAUUUAACAACUGUUACUCACAGUGUAGUAGGUAGAGAACGCAGCUGUUCUUUAGAGAACUGAUCUCAUCCUAUCUGACUCUUUUUUUUUGAAUUCAGGAGAAGACGAAGCAUGAUCUUGCUGGAAACGUCGAGCAGAGCUUUGUCCAAAUUAAUCAUGGUGUCCGGGAUCCGCGUCGGGAUUUGGAUUUCGUGAACGUGGAGAAGGGAGUUGAAGAAUUGGACAAGGCGUUGGAUAAGGUCGGUUCGUCCACCGAGGUCGAUGUGGCCGUGACGAAAGAGCUGUUAGGGGGCGGUUUAGAUUUAUUUGUAACGCCCGGUGACAAAAGUCCGGAACAGUGGGCACACGAAUUCGCUACAAUUCGUCAAACGGGUAAGGAAUUAUUUCAAAACGCUGGCGAAGCGUCGUCGGCGCCAGAAGAAGAGAGGGAGACGAGCAAAAUCAAAGCGUCCUCGCCGCAGCAAUCGCUCGCCGCGCUUCUCCGUUCACCAACUUGCGGCGCGUAUGAUGCGGAGACGGUGACGCCUUGCAACUGCGCAAUGGCCAACAUAGAAGGCUACCGCAAGAAGCGGGAAGAACUACACGGCAAGAUGCACGAAGGUUCCAUGGAAGACUACUUAAGGCUAGACACUCACUAUCUGCCAUGAUGUCGCUGAUGCAUCUAUCCUGAUAAUUGGGUUCCUUUCCCUUAGAACAAGUGAUAGUCAAGGACUUGGUGCUCCUUCCUCUUACUUAGUGGAAGAUCUAUUUAUUUUAUUUAUAAGGGAGGGCACGGGCAUCUUCCUCCUGUCCACUUCCUUGAUAGAAAUGAGAAAGCGGACUUCUGUAGCUGUAUUUCCCAGACUUGACUCGGUAGGGUAACUUGAGCAUGGUAUACAUGACCGUGGCCAUCAAGCGCUAAGCUAACUUACUUACGUCGGUGGAGGAGUAUACUCAGCGCAUAUGGCAGUCAAGUUCCUUUGUGAUCGUGCUGACGCGUACAUCGGCAUGGGCCCUGGAAAGGUACCUCAAAGAGUUCUAGGUUUGAAAGAGCUCAUCAAACAGCGUUCGUGCAAAGAGGGGAGCGAACUAUUCGCCAUUCUGCGCGCGGCUCGUGAGCAAUUCCCCGAUUAUUCCGAGAGCCCUGAGAUGGUCUGGCUUCUGCUCGAUGCUCGCGUUGCCGCUUCAAGCCUCGUUCCUGUCUUCAAGGCCCCAAACCAAGCGCCUCCCGUCUAUUGGGCAAAGUACUACGACGAUGUGCUGUCUGACGAGAAAAAGAAGCAGUCGACGGUGGAGGGCGUAUUGGCAACGUUGCGGUCUCUGCUAGCACUCCCGGCAGCGGAAACGCUCUCUACCGAGUGGAAGGGCGAGUGGGGGCUUACUGGCUGGAUUUCUCUUCUGGGAAAUUUUCUUCAGUCCAAGGCUCAAGGCGUUCUCACUAUUGGGCGAACGUUUCUCGUCGCUUUUGGUUUUAAGGCCCGACUCACUACCUCUUACUAGCAAGGUAUAAAUGAAUGAAUGAAUGAAUGAAUGAAUGGAGCGCGCAUCCCUUCAGAUCAUGAUCCUUGGCUUCUUUUUCAACGGAAAAGAGUCAGAGGCUUCUUUUUCAAAGGAAAAAAGAAGUGAUCUCCAAGGUGGAUAUGGAUCAACGGCUCUAACGCUUGGUUUUUUGCGUCCCUGCAGAAAGAUCUGCUCGAGGAUUUUGUCUAUGCUGUGACCCACAGCCACGACCCGCGAAAAUUCGCGGUAAGCAAAGUAGCUGCUUGCAGUUACGCAGCUGCCAUCGAGGCAGGAUCCCCUUUGCGGCUGGUCGAGAGCAGGUUAGAUUACCUCAUUAUCGACGCGGUAAUGCGGUACAGAGACAUCAAACGGAUUGGGACAGGUUCGACAAAAGAAAGACGACCAUUCGUGAUCGCCGCUAUGCAUAAGCUUGCACCAGCGAAAAAAGCUCCAUAUGCAUAUGCUACUUUGGCGUACCGUCCUGAACCAGAGGCGACGAAGAUGACCGAACUCAAGGAAUUUAUUGAAGUCGGACGCCAGAAAAUAGAUGCUGCAAAGCAACAACAAGAGGUGGCGGGUGGAAAAACUUCUCCUGACCUGCUGCAACGAGCGGGACUCGCCGUGAAAGGUGUCGAGUCUGCGGCGAUGGAUUUGUUGCUCUCUGGAGGCGCCUCUUCCACUGCUCCAGAGUCUUGGAAACAGUUGCAGGAUUUUUGGAACGCUCCAGCACAAGCGAUCGACAGUGCACGCGACGCAAGCGUCCGCUAUCUCGCAAGCGGGCUCACAUCCUACUUUUAGGAGACGAGUUGUCUACCUCUUGUAAUAUUCUUCACUGUAAGAGUAAGUAGAGGACUACAUACAUUUACAUACUGGCUAAAUAAAUUUAUAUAUACUUACAAUAUUUAAGUGAAGGUGAUGCAAGAGCUACUACAUAUUCACAAUUUUUGAUUAUAGUAUCUACUUGCUACAUCAUUCAUUCCGUUAUUUUUCCUAGUCAGUUUGGCUCCACCCAUAUUAUAGUAUCUUGCUUCUAAGGGUUAACCCACCUUCGGCCGAGCCAGAAGAUGAUCAAAGACGAUCCGAACGCAGCACCAAGUCCCAGAGCCUUGGAAAUACCGCAGGCAAUGGACCUAGACUAUGCGCUCUCAAGCGGAGCGAACUUUGCUGAGAAUAUUCACGACCUGGUUCGUAAAGGCGCUACUGAAGGCGCCACCGAAGAGGCGCGCAAAGCUAACCAGCAGAAAGCUUUGGAUAUGGUGAAAGCAAUGGUAAACUAUGGCCAGCUUUUAUCCAUCUUCUCACUUAGCAUCUCUUUGGUAUCCUUUUGCCACCAUCUGGAACAAGGGGCGUGCGGAGAUGGAUAAUAAGUGAAGCACACUCUUCUAACCAAAAGACCUCGGCAGCCAAAAUCGAUCCAUGCAUCGACAGUACUGGAAAUCGAACUACGCUGAGACGUGCAACGAGUUUCUCUACGUGCUAUACGACGAUCUGCAGCACAUGUGGCACUGGUUCACACAUUUGGGCGCUCCGAUGGAACCUUCAGGAGUAGAAGGCCCAUUGUUCUUACGGCUACUUACUCCAAAUCUUCAUCGCGAACACGACUCAAUAAUUAAGGGUACUAGAAUAUCACUAUCCUAAGGGACUCAGGUUGGGAUAGUGAUAAUCUACCGUUGACUCGAGAAAUGCUAUCUUGCUUCCUAUAUGUAGUUGUAUGAGGUUCACAGCCAGUAUCGUCCUUAGGAGUGAAGCAAUCCUUAGGAGUCAAGCAAUGCUAUCUCGCUUCUUCCAUGUACUUCUUGUAUGAGUUCUUUCACAGCCAGUUGUAUCGUCCUACUUGACUCAUCUUUGAUUUUGUGGUGCUCAUAGCACCCCUCAUUUUCUUCUCGUAGCUCUAAAGAACAGCACGUCCUCGACAUCUGCGGAAGAAUCUGCGUACGACGGUGCGAAGUAUUGGGCUCGGAAACAAAUGGCGCUAUCGGUUUUCUCGGCUCUUCAAGAUUUGCUUCGCUUUGCGGAGGAGGCCGUUUAUGAACCGGGGAAGGUGGGACGGGCGAACAAGAGCUACAACAUGUACAGUGGCUCGGAUCCCAUUUGGCUCCCACUUCAACGCGCAAAAAACGAGAAGAAUUUCGCGAAGUCACAAAAAGCCGACAUGAAAAGAAGAGGGGUCCUCACUGCUGACAGUGAAGAAGAUGAAGAUGCCGAGGACGAUGGUCAGCAUGUUCCCCUUCAUGAUGCGCCCCCGACGUGGCCCACCGAGUUCGCGUGCGCUGAGCCGACCUAUGCAGCAAAGCUGAGAAAAAUGGUGGAUGAAGCCACUGCUACACCUACUGCGAGGGCAGCACCAUCUUCGCCUCCACCUGCCGUCAUGCCCUCGAUCGGUUUCCCCUUAGGUGAUGAUGAAUCUGAUGCAGAGCCACCACCAGAAACAGAUGAGAACUCAGGAAUUUGAAAUUAUAUUCGGUUGUCGGAGAUGGAGGACGGGCGCGUGGAGGGGGGGGUAGGGGACGUGGAGGAAGAGGAGGAACAUGAAGCGUGAAAGUAAUUGAAUAAUUAGAAGACUUGAAGGUACCAGAUCACUGCAGAAUAGAAUAGAACACUACAAAAAGCAUCGACCUUCCAUUCCAACAUGAAGAAUCUACUCUAGUGGUGAUAAUAUUGUCGAUCACUAUCACAACCACACACAAAAUAGAUCUGUAGAACUGCUCGACUGCUUGCUAGGACAACUAAGGCUAACUACUGUGAACUAAUUAAAACUUGCCCCGUCAUUGUAAUUGUUCAAAAUUCCGGCUAUUGUACAUUGUAUCAAGCAGCGUAAAUGAUACUCGUCAUUAUACCGCUGUCCUUGUUUUCAUAUUUUAAGAGAGAAGGAAGAAGGCACGAAGACGAAGUCGCAGACGUAUCAUGUAAUUGUUUUGCUGUAGUUGUAUGUGCUAUAAUUAAAUGUAUGUGCAUCUUAAGUAGUUUUAUUUUGAUGAAAUUAAAUACGGAACAAGAUCGAUGUGGACGAAUCCAAAAAUGCGGAAAGGUAUCAUGAAAGGAAGUCGAAUGUCGAAUGUUGCUCGAAACGAUUGACAAAAAAUUGGUCUGCCACGACAGUGGCCACACAUAUGGUAGCGCAUGCCAGUUCAUCAGACGAGCAAAUUCAUCGCGAGAGAGGUGGUCGACGGGCCACAGCCACUGCGAGGAGGAGAACAGGUUUUUUUUUUCCUGUAGGUGGUCCGCGCUCGAGAUGGGUCGCGCGGGGACGC